UAAAAUCGAGGGAGUAUAACUUAUUAUAAUCACAUAAAUUGCAUUGAUAGUGUAGAAACAAAGCACAUAUCUUAAAUCUUUUCAGAUUCCACUCAUAGUAGAAAAAAAGGUAAGUUUCUCAUUGUAGAAAUUUAGUAACCUGGGCACGUAGAAGAAGCUCGCAGAAAGAUGGUGAACUUCUCAGGAUUGCCUUCACCUUUGUCAAUAUUCUCAGCCUAUGCUUCAAUGUCUGCUUCAAUUAUGCUAUUUCAGACAAUGCUAAAUCAAGUACUUCCCCUUCAAGCUCAAGACUACAUUUUCUCAAAAAUUCGUCAUUAUUUUAAGCCUCUUUCAUCCACUAUUACUCUAGUCAUUGAAGAAAGGGAUGGCAUGUCCAGCAAUGAAAUCUAUGAAGCUGCAGAAAUCUAUUUGUACCACAAAAUCACCCCUGAAAUUGACCUUUUCAAACUUAGCAAACGCCCCAAAGAGAAGAAAUUACGUGUUAACUUUGCCAAGAGUUGGAAAACUACUGAUAUUUUUGAAGGAGUAGAGGUUAUUUGGAGAUUUGUUUCGGAAGAGUGCAAAAAGACUUUAACAUUUCCAGGCAAUGGGGAUUUUGAGAAUGAUAUUUUGGCGUCUGAGAAACGACAUUUCGAGCUCUGUUUUGACAAGAAAUACAAGGACAAAGUAUUGAAUUGUUACAUGCCAUUGGUACUUAGAGAAGCCAAUGUCAUAAAAGCUGAGAAGAAAGUUGUCAAGUUGCAUACUUUAGGUUCUUCUUCUUCUUAUUCAUCAGCACAAUUUUGGGAUUCCAUCAACUUUGAACACCCUUCCACCUUCGAUACUCUCGCGAUGGAUGCAGGGCUGAAGAAGGCUAUAAUUGAGGAUCUUGACAGGUUUCUAAGAAGAAAAGAAUUCUACAAGAAAGUUGGAAAAGUAUGGAAAAGAGGGUACUUAUUGUAUGGACCUCCGGGAGCAGGAAAAUCAAGUUUGAUUGCAGCAAUGGCUAAUUAUUUAAAGUUUGAUAUUUUUGAUUUAGAGUUGGCCAAUGUAAAGAGAGACUCAGAUUUGAAAAAGCUGUUGUUGAGGACCACAAAUAAAUCCAUACUUGUCAUUGAAGAUAUUGAUUGCAGCAUGGAGUUGCCUGACAGAAGAAAAACUGCAAGUCUAUCAAAUAUUCAUGCUGAUGCCCGUCCACCUCGUGACCAACAACAGUUUACACUUGCUGGGCUGCUGAACUUCAUAGAUGGCCUAUGGUCAAGCUGUGGAGAUGAGAGAGUUAUCAUAUUUACCACCAACAAUAAAGACAAGAUUGAUCCAGCUCUGUUAAGGCCGGGGCGUAUGGAUAUGCACAUCCACAUGUCUUAUUUAACUAUUGAAGGAUUUACGGUCUUGGCCAAAAACUAUUUCAAAGUGCAUGAUCAUCAAAAUUGGCAUUUUACAGAAAUACAACAGUUGAUUGAGAGUGUACAAGUCACCCCUGCAGAAGUUGCUGAGGAACUUAUGAAGAGUGACAAUGCUAAAAUUUGUUUAGAAAGACUAGUAAAAUUUCUCAAACGCAAGAGGAUGAAGAAUGAAGAAACUGAAGAAGAUGGAAGUGAUGUGUUGGAACUCUUUAAAACAAAACGGAUUACAAGUUUUCACAAUAAGAUGAAUUAAGCGGAAGUGAUAUAGUUAAAAGCUUGAUCGCAUAAAUUAAUCAAUUGUGUAAUUCUAAAUUAGUUGGGAUGAGAUUAUAUGCAUCAUCUAUAUUUAUUAUGUUCUAUUCGGAUCCAUUUCAUUCUAAUAUUGAAUAUAAGUAAGAUCACUUUCUUAGCCAA